CCCAUGUGUCACCUUGCAUCCACUUGUGUAAAUUCACUCAAGCAUUUUGGAUUAGCGGAAGUUUUGACAAUGAAUAUUUUGCGCAAAUUUGCGUAAAAUCGCUCGAAUUCACUUUGUCAUGUACGAAAUCAAUGGAUAUAACAUUCACUCGACUUUGGACGUUUGUUUUGCUCUGCGCGCAUGUUAAGUCGUUGAACAAUACGUUCAAAUGCGAGAAACUGAAGCAGGAUACUGGAUGCUUUGAUAUCACUUUACCAUUUAACUACACAACUACGGAGAUUGCGACCGAUUCAAAAGACCAAAAAGAAAUCAUAAAAAAUCUAGAAAGAUGGAAAGCUCUUAGCUUUCUGCCUCGCUGCUGGGAAAUUCUAAAGCCAUUGCUAUGUCGCGUUUACAUGCCGAAAUGUGAGGAGGGCAAUGUAAGAUUGCCAUGCCGUUCGGUUUGUUUACUCACAAGAGAGCCUUGUCGUGUUGUCGAGCAGUUUGAUUCGUACGGAGGAUGGCCGGAAUUUUUGAAGUGUGAAGCGUUUCCCUUAGAAAACUGCGAUAAUCUUACGGUGAGUUAUUCACUGAUACGUCAAGCGUAGUAAAUGAUUAGACAAGCAUGGUAUAUACUUGUCGAUAAUUUAAUAAUGCAAACUGUCAAACGAAGUCAUAUCUUUUGACCAUAUUUAUAUCACGGAAAUAUGAGAAAUAUUCAUGAUUAAGAAUUAAGAUCCAAGUAUCCAACUGUUAAACCAUUAUUCCAUUAAGUGUUGUUCAUAACUUUGGAUAACUUAUAUUCCUAGAAUAAAACAAAGGUAAAUUUUAAAUCACACAUACGAGGAGUUAUACUAGAGUUAUACUAGACUCGCGUACUAGAUUGGUCAUAAUUAUUUUCUUCUUUCUCCUGUUUUAUAUUUUCGUAAACUUUACUGUAUCACGGAAUAUCACGGAAUAACAAUAAGUAAUUGCGCAUAUCAGUUACCCAAGAUAUUAUCUAUGGAUUUUAUAGUCAGCUGACAACAUUACAACAAAAACGAUUUUUCUUUCAAAGUUUCACGUCGCUCAUGUUUCGUAGUCAAUAAUGGCCCACACACGUAGCGACCCCGCAAUAUGCAAGUAUUAACAUUGCUCAAGAUUAUGUUUUAAAAAUUUCUAUAGUCUAUAUAAUUUGUCUCUUUUGGUAGUCGAUGUACUGUUUAAUAAACGAGCAGGGGUGCUUUAUCAAAUAUAAAACACGAGAGCACAGCUCGAGUGUUUUAUCAUCUGAUAAAGCUCGGACUGCAAGCGUUAGAAAUGGCUUAAAAAACGGCCCAUCUAAAGAGUUCAUUGGCGAAGUAUUUUUAAAAAUAAACGUUGUCUAAGCGGAGAAGCUAAAGCUAAAGUUUAUGUAAAUGAACAUGAUUUUUUAACACAUAUUAAAACCACCGACUUGUGAUUUCCUGGGUUUUUUCCUGAAUUAUUAAUGACUGAAAUUUCACUCAUGAAGGCAACGAGUAGUUUAUUGAAAGUGAGAUUUUGGAAAAAAUUGUUAUAAAAAUCGUGUACUCAACUAGCUUUUCUCACGCUAUGCUCGCUCGCUUCAGGCUCCCUCGCUCCGCAGCAACCAAGGCAUUUUUAAUACCCUGGACUGGUGGGGCAUUUUCCCCACUGGGCCCCUUCCGUCUGCCCCACCACUGAGGAAAAAAAAUGGCCUAUUGCCCCAAAGCCAGGGCCCUAUGAGCUGUAUUGAGUAAAUGAGUUUAGCAUUGAAAAGAAGUUUAACAACAAAAUUUGUUGCUGAGUAUAUUUAAACUUAUGUUGUAUUUGAAUGUUUAGCAUGCAAUUUAACAAAUUUCACCAUUAAAACUUUGUUUUGAGAAGUUGAGAUUUUUUAAAUGCGUUCGAAGAAUACAGGAAAUGCUAUUUCAGAGACCCAAAUUUCAAAAAUUUCCUGGGAGGCAUGCCCCCGGACCCCCCUUGCUAUCUCGUGCCUGCGGUACUCGGCUCACACCUUCGGCGAUCGCAUACUAUCCUGGGGGAAGGGCAAGGAAAUGAGAGGCUUAUGAGAGGGAUUUUCAUAAGCACGCUAAUACAAGCAUAUAUGAGCGUGCUUAUGAGACACCAAAAUAAGGGAUUCUCAUAAGCACGCGCCUAAUAUAAGCAUAUAUAUGAGCGUGCUUAUGAGAGGGAUUCUCAUAAGCACGCUAAUACAAGCAUACAUAUGAACGUGUUUAUGAGAGGGAUUCUCAUAAGCACGCUAAUACAAGCAUAUAUAUGAACGUGCUUAUGAGAGGGAUUCUCAUAAGCACGCUAAUACAAGCAUAUAUAUGAACGUGUUUAUGAGAGGGAUUCUCAUAAGCACGCUAAUACAAGCAUAUAUAUGAACGUGCUUACAUGGGCGUACCGGAAGGAAAAAAUUAGGGGGGCGGCAAGAAAAUUGCCCGACUUUUCGAGAUUCUGCCCGACUUUUCGGGAUUCUGCCCGACUAGGACCAAAAAAAUUUUUCCGGAAAAAUUAUUUUGGCGACCCCCCCCCCCCCCCCGUCGCCAAAAAAAUUUCGGUCAGUGUACCAUUUUAGGGGUCAAAAAAAUUUUCCGGACAAACAAUUUUUCCGGAGCAUAACAUAAAUUUUCGAAAAAACACAAAAUUUGCCAAAAAAUUGACUUAAUUUUAGACAAAAUUGACAGAAUUUGACCCAUUUUUUUUUAUUGCAAACCAAAAUUGCCCGACUGUUCAUCGAAUAUUGCCCGACUGCCCAAAAAACUGGGGGGGCUGCCGCCCCCCCCGCCCCCCCGCCCGGUACGCCUAUGCGUGCUUAUGAGAGGGAUUCUCAUAAGCACGCUAAUACAAGCAUAUAUGAGCGUGCUUAUGAGACGGAUUCUCAUAAGCACGCUAAUACAAGCAUAUAUGAACGUGCUUAUGAGAGGGAUUCUCAUAAGCACGAUAAUACAAGCAUAUAUGAUCGUGCUUAUGAGAGGGAUUCUCAUAAGCACGAUAAUACAAGCAUAUAUGAUCGUGCUUAUGAGAGGGAUUCUCAAAAGCACGAUAAUACAAGCAUAUAUGAACGUGCUUAUGAGAGGGAUUCUCAUAAGCACGAUAAUACAAGCAUAUAUGAUCGUGCUUAUGAGAGGGAUCCUCAUAAGCACGCUAAUACAAGUAUAUAUAUGAUCGUGCUUAUGAGAGGGAUUCUCAUAAGCACGCUAAUACAAUCAUAUAUGAGCGUGCUGCACGCUAAUACAAGCAUAUAUGAACGUGCUUAUGAGAGGGAUUCUCGUAAGCACGCUAAUACAAGCAUGUGGUGCAUUUUCCCGCGCGUAAUACAAAUUAAUACAAAAUUUUCAAAUUACGCUGGGCUAUAUAACAGCUUAUAUUUUCCGCAUUUUACAACAUUUAUUUCGCGGCCAAACUUUGCCAUUUCACCAAUUUUAACAUGCUCUUUCUAGCUGUGGUGAUUGAUUUAAUUUUGUUCUUGCCUAAUUUUAGUGGAAUCAUCUUCUAUUUACUCUUCAUAUAUUUGCCUUUGAAAAUUCAAAUCUAGAUAUCGAAAAACAACCAAACAACUUGUCCAGCGCCUCUGGUGUAUACAGAAGACGAAGAGAGCUGGUACGAAGGUAUUCACGGAUGCGGUAUUCAAUGCGAGAAUCCAAUAUUUACUGCAGAAGAACAUGAUCGAAUCCAUCAAUUCAUUGGAGCUUUCGGUACUUUUUCUAUCUUAUGUACGGCGUUUACUGUGGUGAGUAUAUAUGGAUUGCUUACAUAAAGGCUAGUUUCCUAUCAAAGUUUCUGCCUGUGAUCACAGUACUAACACUAGGAGUUUCUAAGUUCUUAAGGAUUUGUAAGGGGCCGAUUACAUGGAGCAUUUUCAACCCCGGGGUUGAACUCAGCCCUGUUUACCGGGUUGAAAUUUCAGCCCUGUCUGUAUACAAAACUCUAUCAAAAUCAAACGCGCGAUUACAUGACAAAAUUUUCUACCCAGGGCUGAGUUCAACCCUGGGGUUGAAAUUUCAACCCUGCUUCAGCUAGCAGGGUUGAAAUUUCAAUCCCGCGGUUGAACUCAGCCCUGGAUUGAAAAUUUUGUCAUGUAAUCGUUUCAACCCAGGGCUGAAAAUGUAAUGUAUCUUUAUAGCAAAAAACCUCGUCUUGAUCAACUAUUUCAUUACCAAAGUUUCUGCAUAUGUUGUCAUUAGGUGAAUUUUUGGUACAGUGAAAAAAAAAACAAAGGAAAACUAAUUUGCAGAAAUUCACCCAAUGACAUCAUAUCUGGAAACUUUGACAGUGAAAAAGCUCUUCUUCGAAUGACCCAAGUAUCAAACACAGAGUCUCCCUCAAACAAUUCUUCAAAAUCCUUAAAACCGUAGAAUAUACCUAUUCUACAGGGUGUAUAAAAAAAACUGAACAGAUUUGAAAUAGCUCUCAAUUUCGCAAAAUACCUAUUUGUAUCCGUUUUUUUAUAUAUAUAGCUUCUUUGGGUACUUAUAAUGUAGAAUAAUGAAAAAAAUUUCUCAAACUCAAAUUUUGUGAACCAGGGGGGUGUGUCUUUUCCAACAAACUAAAAAUGGCUCGCGCACAAAAUUUAAAAGUUGUAAUCAUAUUUUGAGUUAAUAGGUGGAAACUUUGUCAGGUUUUUAAUUACUGUACAAAAUUUCAGACAAUUUGGUUUAGUUUAAGCCCUUUAACUAUUCAUUUUAUUCUAAAAAAUCAGCCUUUCGCAUGGUUAAUUAAUGCCUCUACCUAAUUUGCAUAUUGCUGACAUAUGCAAAUUAGGCAAAGGCAUUAAUUAAGCAUGCAAAUAGCUGAUUUUUAGGAAAAAUGUAACUUUGCGUGAAUAGUUAAAGGGCUUAAACGAAACUAAAUUAUCUGAAAUUUUGUACAGUAAUUAAAAACCCGACAAAGUUUCCAUCUAUUUACUCAAAAUAUGAUUACAACUUUUAAAUUUUGUGCGCGACCCAUUUUUAGUUUGUUGGAAAAGACACCCCCCCCCUGGUUCACAAAAUUUGAGUUCGAGAAAUUUUUUUCAUUAUUCUACACUAUAAGUACCCAAAGAAGCUAUAUAUAUAAAAGACCGGAUACAAAUAGGUGUUUUUCGAAAUUGAGAGCAAUUUCAAAUCUGUUCAGUUUUUUUUUAUACACCCUGUAUAGAACGCCGUUCUACCCAAUUUCAGAUAAAAUAUGAAACUAAACAAUUCUGUUAAUUUUCUAGCUUACAUUUUUGGUCGGCUGGAAGUCUCAAAACAAAUAUCCUUCGGUGAUUUUGUUCUAUAUGAAUGCGUGUUUCUGCCUCACCUAUCUUGGAUUUCUGGUUCAGUUCUUUGGCGAAUCAAGAACCAGCAUUCUUUGCCGAAAUGACAAUACCAUGCGUCUUGGGGAACCUGUGUAUGUAUCAAACAGCUAUAGCCUCAUAUAAGGGUCCCCAGAGGGAGGGGGGAGGGGGGCAGAACUCCCAAAACGAUUUCAUGCAAACAGUGGGUUUUAAACUCCUAUAGUUAACGGGUGAUAUACCUUCACCAUAUAGCUCCGGUACCCCCUACGUCGCAAUAAGGUAUACUGAAAUUCAGUAAACUUCAUAGCCACAGAUCACCGUGGCUAAAAGUAUAGUGAAAUCUGAUAUACUUUUUAGCCACAGACCGUCGUGGCUAAAAAGUAUACUGAAAUCAGGUAUACUUUUUAGCCACAGACCGUCGUGGCUAAAAAGUAUACUGAAAUCAAGUAUACUUUUUAGCCACAGACCGCCGUAGCGUAGCUAAAAGUAUAGAGAAAUCUGAUAUACUUUUUAGCCACAGACCGUCGUGGCUAAAAAGUAUACUGAAAUCUGAUAUACUUUUUGACUACAGACCGUCGUGGCUAAAAAGUAUAGUGAAAUGUGAUAUAUUUAUUAGCCACCGGCCGCCGUGGCUAAAAAGUAUACUGAAAUCAGGUAUACUUUUUAGCCACAGACCGCCGUGGCUAAAAGUAUAGUGAAAUCUGAUAUACUUUUUAGCCACAGACCGUCGUGGCUAAAAGUAUAAUGAAAUCUGAUAUACUUUUUGGCCACAAACCGUCGUGGCUAAAAAGUAUAGUGUAAUCUGAUAUACUUUUUAGCCACAGACUUCCGUGGCUUAAAAGUAUACUGAAAUCAAGUAUACUUUUUCAGACCGUCGUGGCUAAAAGUAUAAUGAAAUCUGAUAUACUUUUUGGCCACAGACCGUCGUGGCUAAAAAGUAUACUGAAAUCAGGUAUACUUUUUAGCCACAGACCGCCGUGGCUAAAAAGUAUACUGAAAUCAGGUAUACUUUUUAGCCACAGACCGCCGUGGCUAAAAGUAUAGUGAAAUCUGAUAUACUUUUUAGCCACAGACCGUCGUGGCUAAAAGUAUAAUGAAAUCUGAUAUACUUUUUGGCCACAAACCGUCGUGGUUAAAAAGUAUAGUGUAAUCUGAUAUACUUUUUAGCCACAGACUUCCGUGGCUAAAAAGUAUACUGAAAUCUGGUAUACUUUUUAGCCACAGACCGUCGUGGCUAAAAAGUAUACUGAAAUCAAGUAUACUUUUUAGCCACAGACCGCCGUGGCUAAAGGUAUAAUGAAAUCUGAUAUACUUUUUAGCCACAGACCGUCGUGGCUAAAAGUAUAAUGAAAUCUGAUAUACUUUUUAGCCACAGACCGCCGUGGCUAAAAAGUAUACUGAAAUCUGAUAUACUUUUUAGCCACAGACCGCCGUGGCUAAAAGUAUAGUGUAAUCUGAUAUACUUUUUAGCCACAGACCGUCGUGGCUAAAAGUAUAAUGAAAUCUGAUAUACUUUUUGGCCACAGACCGUCGUGGCUAAAAAGUAUAGUGAAAUCUGAUAUAUUUAUUAGCCACAGACCGCCAUGGCUAAAACUAGUAUACUGAAAUCCGGUAUACGUUUUAGACACAGACCACCGUGGCUAAAAGUAUAGUGAAAUCUGAGAUACUUUUUAGCCACAGACCGCCGUGGCCAAAAGUAUAGUGAAAUCUGAUAUACUCUUUACUCACAGACCGUUGUGGCGAAAAAGUAUAGUGAAAUCCGGUAUACUUUUUAGCCACAGACCGCCGUGGCUAAAAGUAUAGUGAAAUCUGAUAUACUUUUUAGCCACAGACCGUCGUGGCUAAAAAGUAUAGUGAAAUCUGAUAUACUUUUUAGCCACAGACCGCCGUGGCUAAAAAUUAUAGUGAAAUGUAUGUAUUUUUGGACCGUUUAUAAUAUUGGUUUACCAAUUUUUCUCUUGUUUUUAGAGGAACGGAUUCUGUGUCGUGCAUAUUCACAUUUUUCCUCGUCUAUUAUUUCUCCACGGCUGGUGUUGUUUGGUUUGUCGUGCUAUCCUACGCCUGGUAUAUCUGUUUCCAAAGUCUUGGUACUACAAGGGAUGAUUUAUCCAGUAAAGCUGUGUAUUUUCAUCUAAUGUCAUGGAUCCCGCCUUUGGUGUUGACUUGUGUUGUCAUAUCACUGGCUCAGGUAAAUUGGCGUGGAAAAACUAAUAUUCUUGGUGAUUCUUGGCUCUUCUUGUGCAGGGCUGUAGCGACCGGGGGGGGGGGGGCUUUGGGGAGGGUGGCUGCACCCCCCAAUAAUUUGCUAGUAAUCAUUCUUUUUUUCAAAAUUAUGGAGACCUUUAUCAUUUAAUCCGUGACAAACUGCAAAGAAUGAAGAUAUUACCAAUACUUUCCUCCAACCUAUUCCAUAUAUAGUUAAUUAAAUACGCCUUCGCCCAUUUAGUACUACUAAAUUGUACAUUUCGGCAUACUAAAACACUGUUUUCUGACUAUCUGAAUUCUGUCAAAUCUUCCCCAAAGUCCAGGAAAUGGCAUGUCAGAGCUUUUUAAUUUAAAACAUUUCCUUCGCUUUCAGCCCCCCUCAAUCGAAAAGAGCUUCCUACGGCCCUGUUUUGGUAUAUUAUUACCUUCAAAACGAGAGAUUGUGGAAACGGAAAAUUUUACCUGUUUCCGCCUGAUAAGGAAAACUCGGUGUUGAACUAACAUUUACUCCAGUUUGGCAUGCUCUUUCCUCUUAAAUGAGAUGUAAAAUUUGCGACUAGAGUUAAGAGUAAUUUUCAUUCCAGUCAGGGUAAAUAUUAUUCUUCUAUUAGUGAGGAAAUGAUUGCUCUGAAGAUAGAUUUAAAUUUUCUGGUAUAAAUGAUCCCAAAACAGGGUCAACUUUUUUUACUCCACCUUGGGAGUAAAAUAAACUUGAAAUUGACAGUGUGUAUUUUUGGACCAGCUUGUGUUUGAGCGCUAACUCUCAUCGGCUUCUCAUAAACUCUCGUUGAUUUUGAACUGGUUCAAAUUUUGAUGAAAGUGGAUGAGAGUUUUCGCUACCGCGCAGUAAUAUCCAGUCAACUCACAUGCAGCUCUCAUGUAACUCUUGUUCUCGUUUGACCGGGGCAAGAAAGUCGAGAAAACUCUGAUGUAAAUUCUCGCUUUCCAACUCUCAUGCAUGGACUCUUGUUCUCGUUUAACCAGGACAUGAGAGUUGAGAAAACUCUCAUGCAAACUGUCGCUUUUCAACUCUCAUCAACUCUCAUGCAACUCUUGUUCUCGUUUAACCAGGACAUGAGAGUUGAGAAAACUCUCAUGCAAACUGUCGCUUUUCAACUCUCAUCAACUCUCAUGCAACUCUUGUUCUCGUUUAACCAGGACAUGAGAGUUUAGAAAACUCUCAUGCAAACUGUCGCUUUUCAACUCUCAUCAACUCUCAUGCAACUCUUGUUCUCGUUUAACCAGGACAUGAGAGUUGAGAAAACUCUCAUGCAAACUGUCGCUUUUCAACUCUCAUCAACUCUCAUGCAACUCUUGUUCUCGUUUAACCAGGACAUGAGAGUUGAGAAAACUCUCAUGCAAACUGUCGCUUUUCAACUCUCAUCAACUCUCAUGCAACUCUUGUUCUCGUUUAACCAGGACAUGAGAGUUAAGAAAACUCUCAUGCAAACUGUCGCUUUUCAACUCUCAUCAACUCUCAUGCAACUCUUGUUCUCGUUUAACCAGGACAUGAGAGUUAAGAAAACUCUCAUGCAAACUGUCGCUUUUCAACUCUCAUCAACUCUCAUGCAACUCUUGUUCUCGUUUAACCAGGACAUGAGAGUUAAGAAAACUCUCAUGCAAACUGUCGCUUUUCAACUCUCAUCAACUCUCAUGCAACUCUUGUCCUCGUUUAACCAGGACAUGAGAGUUAAGAAAAGCUCGACAUGCAAACUGUCGCUUCUCAACUCUCAUCAACUCUCAUGCAACUCGUGUUCUCGUUUGAUCAUGACCGGGGCAUGAAAGUCGAGAAAACUCUGAUGCAAACAAACUCUCGCUUCUCAACUCUCAUCAACUCGAUUUUCGUUUGAUCACGGCUUAAUGUUUGCAUCGUGUUUACUUUUUAGGUCGAUGGAAAUUCUCUCAGUGGAAUUUGUUUUGUUGGUUACCGAAACAUGGAAAUGAGGAUAUACUUUCUUUUAGCACCGCUUGGUAUAAAUCUUGCCAUCAGUGGUACCUUCCUAACCAGAGGUAUGCAUUAUUAUUAUAUUAUACCUAUAUGUAACUAAGUCAAACCGGAAUGAAAAUUGAAAUUGUCAACAUGUUUACAUGAGAUCGGUACAAAGAUCGCAAAAUUUUCAAUUUAUCCCCUUGCCAAGCAACUUUCUUUUUUACAUGACUUUUGUUAGCAUGUGUUGUUCCAAUGUCAAGGUUACAGUCGAGACCGGUCUGAAAUGUACUUGUGUUUACAUUCAUCCCGGUCUGAAUUCAUGCCGGUCUGAAGUCAGUCGGCUCGGUCCAGCAGGCGGAAUUACUUGAAACGGAGUUAUUUUCGUCCCGGUCUCAUGUAAACAUCUAUUAUAAAUAAUACUAUGAUCGAAACGAAAUGGUCCCGGUUUGACUUCGUUCCUGUCUCAUGUAAAUGGGGUCGCAGGAAAUUUUCUUAUAUACAUCGAGCAGGAAAUUUUUGUCAUCUUAUAUAUAUUUUAGGCCUCUUAACUGUAUUACUAAAAAUGUUACGGUAACUGCAAUUACCGUAACUGCAACACUGUAACAAUAUUGCAACACUGAACCACUGUAUCAAUGAAUAUUAUGUACGUAUGGUAACUGCAAUUACCGUAACUGCAACACUGUAACAAUAUUGCAACACUGAACCACUGUAUUAAUGAAUAUUAUGCACUAAGGGGCUGAUUACAUGGAGAGUUUUCAGCCCGGGCUAAAUUUCAACCCAGUUAACCGAGCAGAAAUUCUCAAGCCCGGGCUGAAACGAUCAAGUCUCACAAUGGAGCUACAUUCUGCUUCUUCGAAGAAUUUAAAAUGUUGUUCAUGUCUACCCAGCGGGCAAAAUGACGUUUAUUCAACGUUGAAUCAACGUUGGAAAUGACCUUCCAGACGUUGGAUAGACGUUGAAAAAGGAUUGAUAAUGCAAAUUGGAUCGACGUUACUGUUUCGACGUUGAAACAACGUUGAAAUUAGGUUGCCAAUCUCGUCAACCAUAAUUCAACGUUGAAUCAACGUUGAAACAACGUUGAGAUUACUUCGCAAAUCGACGUCGUACAUUUAACUAUGAAUGAACGUUGAUUCAACGUCUGUUGGCUGCUGUUGAACCAAUGUUUUUAAAACAACGUCAGAGCAAUGUAGAUAUUAGGUUGUCGACGUCGCAACCUUUUUUCUACCAAAUUUCAACGUUGAAACAACGUCGUGUGCCCGGUGGGUAUUAUCUAAAAUUUCCCAUCGAUUACAUGACGAUUUUCAGACCUGUCUAUUGGGAUGAAUUUUUGAGUCCAGGUAGCUUCAAUUGGGCUGAAACUUCAGCCCGGGUUGAAAUUUCUGUCAUGUAAUCACUUGCUGUGUUUUAAUAGGAUUUUAUCCUUGGCCGGGCUGAAAUUUCAGUCCGGGAAACCGGGAUGAAACUCAGCCCGGGCUGCGGGAACUCUCCAUGUGAUCAGCCCCUAAAACUCGAACUGUAUGGCUUAUUUAAAAAUACCCGUCUCAUUCUUCGUACAGGUCUGCUUAUCUUAUGGAAGCUGAGAAAAACCAAUCCACAUUUUCUAAGUCAGAGAUCAGCAAGUAGAAUCAAGGAAACCAUUGUUCGCAUUGGUAAGGUUUGAGCGUUUAAGCUGUUCUCGAGCUGUCGACAAGUUGUGUUCGCACUGCUUGUUCCCAGUUGUUGUAACAAGUUUGAAGCAAGCUGUCAACAACUUGUAACAAGCUUGAUGGCAUUAUCAGACUUGUUGCGAGUUUGUUUUAACAAGUCUGAUACAGUCACGAUGAUAUAACAAGCAUGUUACAAGAUUGACGACACAAGGUUGUAACAAUAUUGUUAUAUCAUGAUUGUAUGGGACUUGUUGGAACAACCUUGCAACAAGUCUGAUAGUAUCAACUUAACAAGGUUGUUACAAGUUGUUGACAGCUUGUUCCAAACUCUUGUUGACAACUAAUUGGAACAAACAGUGCGACCACAACUUGUUGACGGCUUGUUGGCAGACUUAUACUACAUGCAAAAUGUGAGAUUUUUGCGUGUGUCCUGACAAAACUCACCUUCGAUUUUUCAACCGCUGUAAAAUUGUUUGAAUCUAUGGAUAGCCUGCACUCAAGACAGCAAUGAAAUAGCUCAGAGACACGAAACACGGUAGCUACGAUUAAUAAAAUAUUUCAUCUAUUUCCAGGUAUAUUUGCGUUCCUCGCCUUCAUCUUUGUUGGUACGACGUUCGCAUGUCAUCUCUAUGAUUAUCACAAUCAAAAGAUUUGGGAACGAGGCUAUAGACAAUAUAUGAAGUAAGAACCUCGUGUUUUUUUUUUCUUGAGUAAAUGAAUGUAUAGUCCGGAUCAGACCGAGCAUGCAGAGUAUACACCGGACGCGAUUCGACAACGCGACGCAAUUUUCAAUGACCGAUAACUUUGAUGCUAGUUUAAAUUUUCCAAAUAUUUAGAAGCGCUAUAACGUUUUGAGUUAUUUGGUCUACAUAUCUUUCAAAAUUUGCUCUCAUUGGCUGUUUUAUUAACUUUCGAAAACUAAAAAAUCGCAUCGCGUUGCCGAGUCGCGUCCGGUGUGUCUGGACCUUAACGGAGAAAGAGGGGGGCAUUAGGCAUAUUUGAUGUGUGGGGGGGGGGGCUCUGUUGACUGUUGUUAUAUUGUUUGACCGAGAUAUUGUAUUUAGCUAUAUUGAAUAUUUUUAGAAUGUUCUGGAAAAUUCCGUGUCUAUAAAAAUAAUAAGAAUAACAUUUAUUUUAUUUGAGAUGGAAUAACAAAAUCAGCUACCGUUGUCGAUAGAGGCUUUGUUAUUUAGCAUUAUUAAUUUUGCAUUUUCCAAUUGAUUCUUAACCUGCAUUUUUUACGUUUUCUAAUUUUGUGGGCGAAAGGCCGAGGCUGAAGGGGGGCCCUAACUGUCGGGGGCCCUCAGUUUUUGAACUAUCCCUACCUAAUGAGCAUUACACCACUGCCUUGAUUAGCUUGUUCUUAAUAUUUUCCAAACACUAUCAUAUAUUCUAUUACGAUUUCAAUUACAUUUCAUAGCGCAAGUUUACAUGUGGUUAUCAUGAUCGAAUAUGCUUUUACAUCAAGUAUUACGCUUAGACUUUUUAUCUUUACAACAAUUGUGAUAUCACUUUCUUAUAACUAUGUUUAUCCUAAAGCCCUGGGCAAACUAGGAAACAUUAGUAUUCCAAAGGUCGUAGGUUCGAAUCCCGCCGUGGCCAGGCAUAUUUUUCAAGCCUGCCCGGUGUGGAUAUACACUCAGAGUAACAUCACACAAACAUCUUAUUCACCUGAGUACAUUACACCAACACAGCAGAUUUUAGGAAACAUUGUUGCGCAAACAUUGUUUCCUGCCAAUGUUUCCCCAUGUUUCCAAGAAUGGGCAAACACAAGGAAACAUUAGUGAGAAACAUAGGGAAACAUCAAAUGUUUCUGAAUUCGCUAGGAAACAUUUUUGUGUCUCGGGAAGCAAAUUUUCUUUCCGCAACAAUGUUUCCACGGGUGGGCAAACAGGGAAACAUUUAAGGAAACAUCGAGAAUCACAAAUGUUUCCACAACAAUGUUUCCUAGUUUGCCCAGGGCUUAACCAACCCUGUCAACUUUCCCUGUGCGAGGAAACCGCUCCGCCCGGCGAAAACCCAUGACUUUCGACAGAGCGUUGACCGGCUCUUUUCACAUGAGUCCGUAGCGAGAAUCAAACCCACGUACUCAGAGCUGGUAAGAGGCGCUUACUCUCAGACUGCGCCACCGAAUCUCAUCAAUGGACCAUUUGCAUUAUAGGCUAAAUUUUGAUCUAGACAAAAAUUUCAUCACAGCUUGAAAGAGCAUCACAAAAUUAGUAAUGUUCCAAAGUUUCGUUGCGAAGUGUUGUAAAAUGUGGAUAAUAUAGGCUUGCGAAAUUUGCCGUUUUUCAGUCAUUUUAGAUUACAAACGGGAAAUUGACGCCCAAUCGGGUGUUGGGGCAUCGAUUUCCCGUUUGUAAUCUAAAAUGACUGAAAAUUGCAAACUUCGCAAGGCUAUAUUAUCCGCAUUUUACAACAUUUCGCAACGAAACUUUGGAAUAUUACUGAUUUUGUGAUGCUCUUUCAAGCUGUGAUGAAAUUUUUGUCUAGAUCAAAAUUUAGUCUAUAAUGCAAAUGGUCCAUUCACAAGUCACAAAAAUUGCGACUCGAGUCAGACUUGAGUCAAAGUCGUAUGACUCGAGUCAACAACUUUAUCAUUAAUUUUCUCAUUCGCCGUGUACAUCAAUCAUAAUUUGCGUAAUGUUUUAGAUGUAUUGCCGACGCAACGAUCAAGAAAGGUCCGGACCAAUGCAAGGCUGCGAACAGACCUGAUCUUGGCAUAAUAGAACUUCAUCUCUUCUCGUUGUUUGGUGCUGGGAUUACCAUGAGUGCUUGGACCUGGACGUCGAGCACUCUGUCUAGCUGGAAGACAGCUUGGGAUAGGUAGGGAUUUCUAUGUACAAUGAGCUGCAAUCCUGGACAAAAUCAUGUGGACAAAUACGCUCAUACGCGUUCAAGAUGGAUUUAAUGCUAUAAUUCACGCCCCCCACUCCCCCAAAAUGUAGGCAAAAAAGUAAUUCCCGUAAAGAACUUACUAAAAUUAGUAAAAUUGCAAAAUUUGGCUACGAAAUGUUGUAAAAUACGGGAAAUAUAGCCUUGCGAAAUUUGCAUAUUUUGUAUAUGUUUGUAUUACGUGAGGAAAUUGUUACAACAACUUCCGCGCGUCAUACAAACAUAUGGAAAAUUUGGAAAUUGUCCAAGGUUAUAUUUUUUCCAAGCUUUACAACAUUUCGCAACCAAAUUUUGCAAUUUUACUAACUUCAUUAUGUUCUUUUUAGCUGUGGUAUUUGAUUCCCUUUUCUUUACUUAGAUUAAAAUCUAGUCUAACAUGCAAGUUGUCCAUUGCUACAAUUUUGUACUGUCCACAAAGUUUUUGAAAUUUAUUGCGGGGUGGGGAACGAGGGGGGUUCACCCCCGCUCCCGCGGUCCCUAGCUUAACUGGAAUGCUGCCUCUGAUGGUAAAUGUCAGUGUUCUUACUGUUUGGCUUUCUCUAUCUUUUCUAUUAUAAUAAAACUAUUGAAAGCAAGGUAACUGUUUAUACUGUAUAUUUUAACUGUAUUCUUAGGUUGACGGGCAAAAGGAGAUAUCCAGAAUUAAGUCAUUACAAUUUAAUCCGUAGAAUGAGAGCGAUGAGAAAAAUGCAGUAAGUAAUUUGACUACGAAAAUUGGUAGAGCUGAUGGGCAUUGACCACUACAACACGCAAGUUGUUAGAGAUCUGCAAACAAAUUGUAAUAGGGUUGUUGUCGUGCUCGCACUGCUUGUUCCCAGUUGUUGUGACAAGUCUGGAACAAGUUGUUAUCACCUUGCUACGAGGUUGAAUUGUUGAUGACGGUAACAUGCAGACUUGUUACAAGUUGUUCCAACAAGACUAAUCCAGGCUGUUCCAUAUACAAGUUACCACGAGCUUGUUUUCAUCAACUUGUUAACAACUUUUGCGUGCAGACGAUACCAGACUUGUUGGACAACUUGUUGCGAGUCUGUUGGCCUCGUCAACCUUGGUACAAGAUGAUAACAACUUGUUAAAAGACUUCUCAACCACUGGGAACAAGCAGUGCGAACACAUCUUGUUGACACUAGCUGUGAGGUUUCUUGUAGUUCUAUCAUUUUUUGGUACCCUGCAACAAUUAAAACUAUCGCUCUCGUUUGCGCACCGAUUUUACGGAUUCUUUCCACUUUAUUUCUAGAUCAACAGUUCGCCCUGCAGUCGAACCGAUUCAGGAGAAAAGUACAGAGAAUAAAAUAACGACACCAGCACCGCUGAAUGAAGAAUCGUUACAACUACAGAGUAUAAUUAGCGACAUCAGCGUCAUCUCCGAUCCUAAAUUACUGAUACCAGCAAAAACGAACCUCAAGAGAGUAAGACUUGAAACUGGCGAGCCGAACCACGAGAGUUGAGGAAAUUCUCAUCAAACGAAAACGGGCGUCGCGUGGGAGUUGACAAGCGAGGAUCUGUAUCCUCAACUCUCGUGGCUCAGUCAAACGCCGAAGAACAAGAGUUACACGAAAAUUGGCAGCGAGGUUGAGGACGUUCAAGUUAAUUUAUCAGUGCUUUACACCCUAUCAGGGCCGUACACCAACGCAGGGGGCAGCAGGGACAAUUGCCUAAUUGUAUAACGUUAUUGUAAAUUAUUAAGCCAAAUGGCACUCAUAAUCUUGUGAAUCAGAAUGUACAAUUCUGUAUGGGGCGGUCAUAAGCAUGUAUCUAACUGACAUGAGUUUGAAUGCAUUGACAUUUGUAUACUUAUUUCAGCAUAAUAGGUAUUGCUGCCCCCUGGUGAAAAAUAACCUGCCGUUAUAUGGCCUUGCACCGUAUCCUAGAUGGUAUAUAUUAUGAUGAUAUAAUUUAUAACAUAAUGUACAAAAACAACUGUAAAUUAGUUUGAAAAAACAAUUCUAAAACUGCCAGUACUUUUCGAAUUUUUUAAUCGAAUCGUGGACUUGUUUCAGAAGAUUUAAAAACAUUUCGGU